CCACCCCGGCCGGGCCGGCGGUGACGGCCGGUCGGCGCGGCGACCCGGAGGAGGUCAGCCACGAGCAGCCCCGCCAGAAGAAGACCUCGGCCGACACGCAGGUGGUGCGGGUGCAGGCGGACACCCUGCUCUCGCCGGCCCCCAACAGGGACAACAUGGCCGACAUCUACUUCAUCGUGACGGUAGCAGGGAUAUGCGCCAUGGCCAUCGGCGUCACCGUGGCUGGAGGCUUCUGCUACCACAGGCUGCAGAAGCGGGCCAAGGCGGCCGGCGACGCCGAGUACCCGGCCUACGGCGUGACCGGACCCAGCCGCGACCUCAGCCCCUCUGGCGACCGCAAGCUGGCCCAGUCGGCUCAGAUGUACCACUACCAGCACCAGAAGCAGCAGAUGAUGGCCAUGGAAAAAACCCACAACGGCCGGCACGGCUCCGCCUCGGAUGUCGACUCGGAGGAGGAGAACGAGGAGGGCGACUACACCGUCUACGAGUGUCCCGGCCUGGCGCCGACGGGUGAGAUGGAAGUGAAAAACCCGCUGUUCCAAGACGAUCAGACUCCCGCCCCAACUACUCUUGCCGACGCGAACGGCAAGUAGGGCGGUGGA